CAACUCAAGAAGCAAAGAAAGAAACAUUUUUUAGAAGAUGUAUAUCAAUACAAGGUGUUAACGUAGUCUAUUUGCAAUCAUCAAGCCGUAUCAUCAAUCAACUUUGGAAUUCAACCCAAAGAUUUGUUGUAAUAAUUAACCACAUCUUAAACGAUGGCAGGAGGAACUUUUGUAGAUUCAGGAAAUGCAAAGCAAUUUGAUGGCAAAGUCACAGCAUUUGUGUUGGUUACAUGCUUUGUGGCAGCCAUGGGAGGCUUACUCUUCGGUUAUGAUCUCGGUAUCACCGGAGGAGUAACUUCCAUGGAACCAUUCCUGAUCAAAUUCUUCCCCCGUGUUUACAAACAAAUGAAAGAUGAUACUGGCCAUAGAAACCAAUAUUGCAAAUUUGACAACGAACUCCUUACUCUAUUUACAUCUUCUUUAUAUAUUGCUGCAUUAGUAGCUUCUUUCUUUGCCUCGGCAACUACAAGAGUAUUAGGGCGUAAGUCUUCAAUGUUUAUGGGAGGCUUGUUUUUUCUUGUAGGCGCAUUAUUAAAUGGCUUUGCCAUCAACAUUGAAAUGCUCAUCAUAGGUCGUAUCUUGCUUGGUUUUGGCGUAGGAUAUUGUAAUCAGUCUGUUCCGGUGUAUUUGUCUGAAAUGGCUCCAGCAAAUAUCAGAGGUGCACUUAACAUUGGCUUUCAAAUGAUGAUCACAAUUGGUAUCUUAGUUGCAAACCUUAUCAACUACGGGACUUCCAAACUAGAAAAUGGAUGGAGAAUUUCUCUAGGUGUUGGAGCUGUUCCUGCAAUCAUGCUAUGUGUUGGAUCUCUUUUCCUAGGUGACACACCUAAUUCCUUGAUUGAAAGAGGCCAAAGGGAAGCAGCUAAGACAAUGUUGCAAAAGAUUCGUGGCAUAGAGAAUGUUGAUGAGGAAUUCCUAGAUCUUGUUGAUGCAUGUGAGGCAGCUAAAGAGGUGCAACACCCAUGGAGGAACAUUACACAGCCAAAAUACAGGCCUCAACUCACUUUUUGCAUUCUUAUUCCGUUCUUCCAACAACUCACUGGCAUCAAUGUUGUCAUGUUUUAUGCACCUGUUCUUUUCAAGACUUUGGGCUUUGGCAGCAAUGCUUCCCUUAUGUCUUCAGUUAUCACCGGAGGUGUCAAUGUGGUUGCCACUUUUGUUUCCAUCCUCACUGUAGACAAGUUUGGAAGGAAAAUUUUAUUCCUUGAAGGUGGCAUUCAAAUGCUUAUUUGUCAGAUUGCUACCGGAGUCAUGAUUGCUAUGAAGUUUGGAGUGAGCGGUGAAGGGUCAUUUUCUUCAGGAGAAGCCAACCUUCUUUUAUUCUUUAUCUGUGCAUUUGUUGCGGCAUUUGCAUGGUCUUGGGGUCCAUUGGGAUGGUUGGUACCAAGUGAAAUAUGCUCUCUUGAGAUUCGAUCUGCAGGUCAAGCUUCCAAUGUGGCUGUAAACAUGUUGUUUACUUUUGCUAUUGCUCAAAUUUUCCUAGCCAUGCUUUGCCAUUUGAAGUUUGGACUCUUCUUCUUCUUUGCUGCAUUUGUGCUCAUUAUGACCAUUUUCGUUGCCUUGUUCUUGCCUGAGACGAGGAACGUCCAAAUUGAAGAAAUGCAGAAAGUGUGGAGGUCACAUUGGUUUUGGACAAAUAUUGUUCCUGAUGCUGAUGAUGAUCGCAAGCCUAGCAAGGCUCAAACUUGAGUAAAGAAACCCUAUGAUAUGAGGAGUGAAAAUGGAAAAAACAUAAAAUCAGUGUUGCAUUAUCAUGUAUUAGUAAAGAUUUAAGAAUUGAUUGAUGAAUGAA